AUGUUACACACAAUUAUGAAUUCUUCGACUGAAAAACUCCUUUUCGAUGAGGAUUAUUGUCAAACAUGUUCAAAGACAUCGUCUGUUAAUGGAAAAAAACGUUUAUCUUGCUUCUUAUGUGAUCAUUGUCACUUACCAAUGUGCUACGAUUGCUUUGAAAAACAUACCAAUCAAUUAAUCGACGAACAAUCGCAUUUGCAAAGACGUUUCAUACAAUUACUAAAUUUAUUCUAUAAUAAACGCGAACUACUUUCGACAUUCGAAGAAAAUUGCAUACGAAAUAUCAAUACUGUUUUCGAGGAAGUCUUAACCGAUUUACAGACUCUUCGGGAUGAAAGUAUUGAUUAUGUCAAACAACAAUUUCAAGAUGCCGAAAUUGCAUUGUCGGACACAAUUGCAAAUCUACGACCGUUAACGACUAAAUCUCAACAAUUUUGGGCAUAUGACAGCGCGAAGAACGAUAUUAUGCUUGAACUAGAACAACAACGCAAACAAAUAAAAGAACUUGAAGAUCGUUUGAAGCUCUUUUCUUCCCCGGAUAUGAAAUUCAAAAUGUUAACAUUUCCGCGAAACCGACUUGAUUUACAUUGUCAAUUCUUAGCAAAUUCAUCAUCAAGCUCGCCGAUCAAAGAGUUUUCUGCAUCCUCUCCAGGUAAAUUAAUCACUGCUCAAUGUUCUUACAGUCAAUCGAAUGAAUAUGAAAGUGAAAAAAUCGUUGUUGACACUGAAAUUGAAGAACUUAAUCAAAAUAUUUACUCAACAAAACAAAUACAAACCGAUUCCAUAAUUGAAUCAAAUCCGAAUGUCACCGCUAAUCACGAUGCUGAUGAAGAUGAAUAUUAUUCACUACAAGAAAACACAAGUGAACUAAGCACUCGUGCCAAUACUGAACCAUAUCUGAGUACACGUUACACAUCCCAAGGUACAAUUCUCACUCAAAAUGAAGUUGAUCGAAUAGCGAGCGAUGGCGAACAUUUACUUUACUUUUCCGACACGUCGAAACUACUUUGUUAUGUACGAGACAUCUCGUUUGACCAACAGAUCGAACAUAUAUCAAUAACGAAAGAAAUCACUUGUCGGUGGCCGCAUUAUCCGAUACUUGAUUUGAUCUAUUCGCCUGUUUCGUCACAGUUUGUUUGCGCAACUCGGAAAGGUCUUUAUACAUGCACAAUCGAUUCGAACAACGAGAGUUCAACAAUUGACAUUCAAAUGCAAUUGACACAACAUUGGUCAUACGUUCGUUUGUCAGCAGAUAGAAACUUUCUUUGGCUUUGGACGGAUACGCCACGUCUAAGUCAAUUACAUGUUUAUUCACCGAAAACAUUUCAUUGCGUCAAAGUAUUCAACCUAAGCGAUUAUCCACAUUUCUCCGACAAUAGCACAUCGUUUUGUACACACACAAAUCUUAUCGCCACAGUAUUUCAAUUCAAACAAAUGCUAGACAAAUCGUCCUACAGAAAAAUCUUUCACUUAAGUUUCUGUGAUACAUCUGAUCUACGCGAGUUAUGCACGAUUCGUUUAGGUGAAUGUGAUAUUGAUCAUGAAAUCCGUGCCAAUAAUGAAGGAAAAUUCUUUCUAACAAAUGGAAAAAGAAAAUUAUGGAUUAUUGAUCAACAUGGUCGAAAAGAAUUUGUUAAAUUAUCUCGUUCAGGACGCGCUUUAGCAGUACACGGAUUGAAUCAAAUAUUCAUUGCCAAUGGUUCGCAUCAACUUCAAUGCAUUGAACUGGUCCGCAAUGACUAUUGA